UGAUAAUAUCACACACAAAAAAAGAAAACACGACCGCAUCGGAGAAAAGGUCUCUUCCCUCUUUCCAUGGCUGAGGUCUCGGAGAAUGCGCAGAGCCACGCCGGAGACUCCUCCGACGUCGAAUCCGCCGCCGCCACUUCCGGUGGUGGCCACGGCGGUUCCCGGCGGCCGGUCAACUCUCAGGCCCUAUUAUCUGUAUCCUUUGUCCAAAAGCUAAUCGGAGAAUUUAUCGGAACAUUCGCGCUGGUAUUCGCGGGAUGCUCGGCGAUCGUGGUGAACGAGAGAUACGGAAAAGCCGUGACGUUGCCGGGGAUAGCUUUGGUAUGGGGACUCACCGUAACGGUCAUGAUCUACUCCAUCGGGCACGUCUCCGGCGCCCAUUUCAACCCAGCGGUUUCCGUUGCCUUUUUCUCUUCCAAAAACUUCCCUCUCAAACAGGUACCGGGGUACAUAGCGGCUCAAGUCCUCGGCUCGACGGUCGCAGCCGGGAUUUUACGGCUGGUGUUCGACCUGAACGAUGACGUUUGCGGCGGGAAGGGCGACGUUUUCGUCGGGACGUACCCUUCCGGGUCCAAAACUACGUCGUUUGUGAUGGAGUUCGUGGCGACGUUUAACCUGAUGUUCGUCAUAUCGGCCGUCGCCACCGACAAGCGAGCUGCCGGCCCCUUCGCCGGCGUCGCUAUCGGUUCCACCGUCGUCCUCGACAUCCUCUUCUCCGGGCCUAUUUCGGGUGCAUCUAUGAAUCCGGCAAGAAGCCUGGGUCCUGCAAUUGUAUGGGGAUGUUACGAUAAUUUAUGGAUAUACAUAAUUUCUCCGGUGGUCGGCGCAAUCUCCGGCGCGUGGGCCUACGACUUAUUGAGACGGACCGACAAAUCGUUCCGGGAAAUUAUUCGUACGGACUGCCGGAAAGUUUCAUCGGAAAGACGCCGGAAAGAUGACGUCAUCUGUUUGUUGAAAGUGAUCGACCCGAUCGAUCAUAAGUAUUUUAUAUGUUCGUCGAAUUCUGAUAUCGACAAGGAAUGUAAUGUCACGUGUAAAUUCGACUAAGAUUAAUUUCAUAAUUAUCAAACAUGUUUUUUUUUAAAUAAAU